AGUUUGACUUUCGUAAAAACUGGAGUUAUCCAUUUACCGGCCACCAAAACUAAGAGAAAACAUACAGAAUACUUCACAUAAACCUAGAGCUUUCAGAUCACACAUCCAAGCCCGAUUCAAGUAGAUUUUUGCACGAUUUUGUAGCUUGUUUACAAAGAGAUCGAGUUGACGAUCACGUGCUUUCCAAGCGAGAAAGAAAGAAAAAGUACCUAAAUCUCGUUUAAAAAUGUCAGACAUAGUUUCAGCUGCAUUAGCAAAUGAAAACAUUGGUGCUUCUGACAUCACUGAGACAAACCAACAACCAGAAGUUUUAGAAAACAUACCAACUGAAAAUAAAAGUGUAGAGAACGAUGUAACAAUGGAAAACCCUGUAGAAGCUAAUGUUGAACCUAAAACAAUGCCAGAUAACAGUGUGAACCUUGGAGUCGAUAUAACUCCACAAGAUACAGAAAAUCAGAUAGCAACAGUUUUGACAGAAAUGCAGAAUUCAAACAGUGAAAGUACAGCUGUUGGAGAAAAGACGGCAGAAGCUGGCAACCAAGAGAACUUUGAACCUGGCCUUGCUGUCAUUAUGGAAGAUGAGAGUGCACCAACUAUUCCAGAAAACCCUCUCAGUCAAGGCCAAGCUCAACACACUCAAGAACAACUUGAUGUGAUGCAGUCGGGUCAAAUACCCAGCCAAGCAGCUUUGUACACUUUGGGUAACAUUGUAUUGAUCCUUUCUCCUGAAGUGAUGGCUUCAGGUGGGCUUACACCAGAACAGAUCCAGCAAAUACAGGAAAGUCAGGCUAAUGCAGUUGUCCAGGAUGGAUCUAAUGUCAACAUCAACCUGGAAGGUCUACAGUCUCUUGUCGCAAAUAACCCAACUCCAGAUGAUAAAAUAAGUCAAACACCAGCUCCAGUGACAGCAGCUCCUAAAGAAAGUARMCCAGUAAAUAAUACYCAGAAGGAAAAGGUAAUAAGCUGUCUUGAUGAAGACCAUUCAUGAUUAUCCUUCAUGCAGAAAKGCAAUAAAAG